ACGCGGCGCGGACAUGACGGAAGUUUAGACGGUUGCUCUGGGUGAACGAAGUGAACACUUACCGUGCCGCGAAUCAAACACAAAAUCAUCGUGUCCCCCCCGAAAUCAACCCAGUCUCCCCCUUUUCCCUCACCCAUGGCGUCCAGCUCCGAUAUCGAUAUUGAGGGUGCGACCCAGCACCUGCGGGACAUCCUCAAGCUCGACCGGCCCAGCAGCAGCGGCGGCACCGAUGCUCAAUUGAGUGUCGGUCAGAGGAAGCCGUCCUUUAAUGGCGAGCUGAACGGGCUGCUGGGGGCGGCGGGCCUCCUGGGGAAUGCCGACAGGUCGACCAUGUCAGACUCCACCUGUCCCAUCUCCACGGACCUCAGCAUCGCUCAGGAGUGUCAGAUCAUCUGCCUCUCGGGCGACGAUGGGUCCACCUGUAUCCCCAUCACCUCCAACAACGUGGAGAUUGUGGCGAGUCAAGACUCCAGCAUCAACAGCAAGGCCAGAGGCAGCAGCAAGGUGAAGAUUCAACCUGUCGCCAAGUACGACUGGGAACACAAGUAUUAUUAUGGCAGACUGAUCGCUGUGUCCAACUCCUUCGUCGCCUACGCCAUCAGAGGAGCCAACAACCACGCCAUGAUUCGUGUCCUGAGUCUGGGCUCUGCGGAGCGUUCCCUGCUGAAGGGAUUCACUGGGGCCGUCACAGACCUGGCGUUUGCCCACCUCGACUCCUCCCUGCUGGGCUGUGUGGACGAAGCGGGCAACCUGAUGGUCUGGCAACUCACCUGCACCGGAAACAAGAUACUAGACCAGAUAGUGAUUCACAUCAAACGACCGGAGGACACUCCGCUGAACUCCCACCGACGCCUCAUCUGGUGCCCGUUCAUUCUGGAUGACAAUGAGGAGAACCAGGACGACACCAGCCAGACCUUGGCUCUUCUGCAUGAAGACAGGGCAGAGGUAUGGGACCUGGAAGUGUUGAGAGCCAACAACAGCAGUUGGCCUGUCGAUGCCACAGAGCUGAAGGAUGGCCUCAUCUCAGUGAAGGGACACACCCAGCGAGUCAGUGAAGGGGCCUUGUCUCCGGAUGGAACAGUGUUGGCCACAGCCAGCCACGAUGGAUACAUCAAGUUCUGGCAGAUCUACGUAGAAGGGGGACAGGACAAGCCCAGGUGUCUCCAUGAGCUGCGGCCUCACGGCGGCCGCCCCCUCUCCUGCCUUCUCUUCUGUGACAACCACAAGAGGCAGGACCCAGAUGUUCCUUUCUGGCGGUUCCUCAUAACUGGAGCCGAUCAGAACCAGGAGUUGAAGAUGUGGUGCACUGUUUCCUGGACAUGUUUACAGACUAUCAGGUUCUCUCCGGAUCCGUUCAACUCCUCGGCUCUGCCGAGUCUGAAGGCCAGUCUGGACCUCGCUGCAGAGUAUCUCAUCCUCACCGACGUCCAGAGGAAGGUUCUGUAUGUGAUGGAGCUGGGCCAGGACCUGGACAGAGGGAAGGCCAGUUUCACAGCUGUGUCCGAGUUCCUGCUGACUCAUCCCGUGCUCAGCUUCGGGGUCCGGGAUGUCACCCAGUGCCGCCUGCAACACACCGAGGUCCUGCCUGCGGAGGAGGAGAGCGAGAGCAUGACCACAGAGGGAACUCAAGGACCCACAGAGUCCAAGUCUGGAAUCCAGAUUAAACUCUACUGCGUUCACACCAAGAGUCUGCAGGACGUCCAGAUCUGGUUUCAGCCCAGCGCACGUUCCAGUUCAUCAGUGUUCCUGUCUCACUCUGAUUCUCAGGAUGGUUUCGCUGGGUUUUCAGAUCAUCUCACCGACCAGAGCUCUGACAAGGAGUCGGGAAGUGGCUCCCAGAACGACCUGCGGAAGAUCCCUUCUCUUCCUGCUCCUGUCGACUUCCUGUCCAACUCUGUCACUGGCGGUCCGAUGCCAAAGCUGAUGACUCCCGACGCCUUCAUGACGCCAAGCACUUCGGUGCCAGCGUCUCCCGGCAGCAGCGCCAGCAGUCUGACCAUCGUAACAGCGAUCAGCAGCAACUCGGACUCAACUAACAGAGCGAUGGAUGACGUCAGUCAGAGUCCUAACAGAGCAGAGAACAGCAGCAGCUGUGGGAGUCUGACCCUCUCUGCCUCCACCAGCAGCCCGAGAGCCGCCUCUGCCGUGCUGCUGCCGGGACUGGAGAGCCUACAGGUUUUGGCGUCCCCAAUCGGCCUUCUCGCGCUCGACAGCCCUCAGAUCAUGGACUCUCCCCUCUUGCCGACGCUGGCAUCUCCGACCAGGGCGCGCUCCCCCGACGUCAUCUCCUCGGCCUCCACCGCCAUGUCCCAGGACAUGCCGGAGAUCGCGUCCCAGACCCUGCAGCUGCAGCGUGGACUCGUGUCGAGCCUGGAUCCCUCAUCGCUGUCCGCUCUCCAGACGGACAGCAUGGCCUCCGCUGCCUCGGCGCUGCACCUUCUCACCUCGCAGCGCACGGCUAACAACAGCCUGUUGCCCCUCGAACUGGGAGGAGCAGAUGGGCCAGCAGGUGGCGCUGUAGAGUCAGAGCCCCCCAGACUCAGCCACACUCCGUCUCUACUGGAGAACGCCCUGUCGCAGGAGAACCCCGGAGCAGGAGGAGGGUCCUCGGACUGCAGCGCCAGCCUCACACCGUGGCCCGCCGCACCUGACAUCACCAGAGAAACCAGGAACAGUCUCAGGGACAAUGGUCUUGGAGACUGUUCAAGGGAGGAAUCGAAGGACAGACACCUGAGCUCACCGUUCCACCGCCGCUCGUAUCACCUCUCGCAGAACGACAGUCAGGACACCGGUCCAGAGCAGAGCGACCCCGACGACGAGGUUGCCAGCUUGGCGUCGUCCUCGGGGAACUGUGGCUCUCGCUCCUCUCACCGACUCCCGGUCAAGGACUGGAAGACGUCACCGCGAGGCUCGCCCAAAGUCAAGAGGAAGACCAAGAAAGAUGAUGGUGAAUCAUCACAGUCCAGGCAGAUGGACUCUGGUCAGAUGAACGUAGAAGUGCAGGACGAGCUGCUGAUGCUCCUGCGCAGCCAGCAGAGGGAGUUGACUGAGCUGCGUGGACAGAUCGAGGCCAUGCAGAGCUCCAUCAUGUCCCAGGUGGAGCAUGUCCUGAGCAACCACCAGGAGCAAGAACAGCGCCGACUGGAGCGAGUUCUGGCGCAGAAUCAGAAUCACCAGCAGCAUCUCCAGGAGCAGCUCGGCCAGCAGCUGGGCCACGCCCUCAGCUCCGCCCUCACCAACAGGAUGGACAAAGUGCUGCGAGAGGAGAUGAAGAAAACGGUCCCACAAACGAUCUCCAAGAGCCUGGAGCCCGUGACUGGGCAGCUGAGCAACACCAUCGCUGCAAAGCUGACGGCCGUGGAGGUCACCCUCAAGGACAACGUCAGCAAGGUGGUCAAGUCCAAGAACACGACAGAUGCAAUCGGUCGAGCGGCGGCCGAGGCGAUGCAGGGGCCAAUCCAGGCGGCCUACAAAGACGCCUUCCAGAGCAUCGUGCUGCCCGUUUUCGAGAGAGGCUGCCAGUCCAUGUUCCAGCAAAUCAACGACAGCUUCAAACAGGGAACGCACGAAUACAUCCAGCAGCUCGAGACCCACGUGAAGAACAAGAAGCAGCGAGAGCAGGAGGCGCGCGACCCCAUUAUCGGCCAGCUCCAGCAGAUGGUCGACAGCUUCCAGAGCACCAGCGAUCAGCUGGCUAACAACAUCACGUCGAACGUGCGGGCCGAGGUCCAGCACCAGAUCCAGAUGAUGGUGGGAAAUUUGCAGGAGUCGAUCCUCAGCCACGUGCAGCGGAUCGUCAAGGGGGAGGUGAGCCUGGCGAUGAAGGAGCAGCAGGCGGCGGUCACCUCCAGCAUCAUGCAGGCGAUGAGGUCGGCGGCCGGCACGCCCGUCCCCACGGCGCACCUGGACUACCAGACGCAGCAGGCCAACAUCCUGCAGCUCCUGCAGCAGGGACACCUCAACCAGGCCUUCCAGCAGGCUCUGUCGGCGACGGACCUGAACUUGGUGUUGUACGUGUGCGAGACCAUCGACUCCCAGCAGGUGUUUGGGCAGCACCCCUGCCCCCUGAGUCAGCCCGUGCUGCUGUCGCUCAUCCAGCAGCUCUCGUCCAACCUGUCCACCCGCUCCGAGCUCAAAAUCAGUUACCUGGAGGACGCCGUGAUGAACCUGGACCACGGCGACCCGCUCACCAGGGACCACAUGUCGUCCGUGUUGGCCCAGGUCCGGCCCAAGCUCUUCGCCUUCCUGCAGCAGGACCCGCACAGCCUGCUCAGCAAGCGGGCGCGGCGCCUGAUGAUGAUGCUGCAGGGCCUCGUCAACCACUAGUCCAGAGGUUUUCCACCGUACAUAUACAUAUACAGAUAUAACGAGUCCAGUUGUUUUUGUUUUAAAAGAGUCGACCGGCCGUCUGAGAACAGGCUGGUGUGAGGUGGAAGACGAGUUGGAAACUUCUCACUUGGUUAAAUAAGAAGAAGGUUUCCCGUCGAGUUCAUCCACACUAAUAAUUUGUUCCUCGUCCUCUAACUGCACCAGUGAAGUGUCAAGUUAUUAAAUAGACUGUUUUUGUUACUCUUCUUGUUUAUUAUCCCUCGACGUACCUUCAGUGUAAGACAAUAAUGGUCCGGGACAGACAGAUUGACGUCCUGUUAAAGACUCUUUACGUUCACUGUAGACUCUUUCUUCACCUUCCAUUACUGCUGCCCCUCCUCACCCCAGAGGCAUUCUGGGUCGUCUCUCAUCCUCUUCAUCCCUUAUCAAGAAGCAAAAGACUUGUGUCAGAGAAGGAAUAGCCAGAUUAUGGCGAUACCAUAAUUAUGGUAUCACCCCUCAGACGUACAAACAUGAUGCAUCUUCAAGAAUGUGCAGACCGAGCGUCGCCGUUUUCUUUUUUUGUUCUGCUUUGUUCCUCUGACCCGGCAGACGUGUCAAGGUUUUUUGUUGGAGCAACAAAGAGAAACAGAAAAAUGUUGCCUCGUUUCUCGGCCUUAAGAGCAAACUACCUGCAGGAGGAGGAAGAGGAGCGCCCUCGCUUCUGAGUUGCAUUUGGAAUCCGGUUGCCGCAGGAACGUGGUCCUCAGUUUCCAGAUUUUUUCCUCCCCUUGAACAACUGAGCGAAUCCCCGCAACCGAAAGUAUGUGAUGGGACAUUUUAUUGUCGGUGGGAUUUUUUUUCUCAUUAGGAUGGAGAUUAAAAAAAACCUUCGCCGGGGCAAAACACGUUUUACUGAAACUUAAUAAGAUUUGCUCCUUGCUGUUGAAAAGCAUUUCUCAUUAUAUCUUUUUCAUCUGACCUUGUUUUCACAAAUCUUUUUUUUUUUUUUUUUUGAUGAUAAAUAACAAAGAAAAAGAAAAACACAUUUCAGAAAUCUAAUAAAUAUUUGUUUUAUUCAGGCUUAAACAAAAUCCCCCUUUAAAUAAAAUAUGUUGAGAGUUCUGAGCUCGGCUGCUUCUCCUCGUGUCCCUUUUUUAUAUAUAUAAUGUUUAGCAUUUGUAAGACUUGUAUACUUGCUUUAAAAAGUUGUCAGCUAGUUAUAAAACAUAAAUAAAUGAAAAACACUUCCUAAACAUAAUCGUUACUGCUCAUGUUUUGUUUUUUAGUUUUUAAUCAGGGUAUUGUUCCCAAUCAUCGUCGUCAACGUGCAGUUACUCCUCAAAGACUGUAGGAGGCAGCACUUAUAUAUAUUGGGCUGCAGAUGUUCACCCCCCUCUGCUCUGAAUCCAGAAAUCAUUCCUGCUCAUCAGAAGAAAAUCCUGCGUUUAGUUUCUGCAAAAGCACUGAUUCAUCUUUUAAGUGUGUGAGGGGGAAAAAAAAGGGUGCGAUCGUUUUUGUGUUCAGCCCCGGUUGUUAAGUUACAGGGGGGAGGGCGGAGCCACACUUCUGCUGAUUGUAAAAGAAAUAAAGGUUGUGUUUGUUUUGAU